AUGAGCACGAAAGUCAGCCACCAACCUCUUCGAAGUCUCGACGAAGCACUUGCUCGAAAUGGUCUCCCGCUUGUAGAAUCCUCCCAACUAUUGUCGUCGACAUCCAUCGAUGCUCUGGAUAUUAUAAAAGUCCCCCGUUUUAAGGCAGCCUCCUACAUUACUACCGGGUUUGAUCGUGUCAGCAGCAGAGGUACCGACAAUCUCAUCUCUCACGCCAUCCCAAUCGGCAACUGCGCUAGAGUUCUUGAAGCCGUUAAUGAGAACCGGACACUUAGCAAAUCUGAGAUCAGGUCAAACAACUAUCCUCGCCGCUGGUCGGUUGAUUGCUCGGCCUAUUCCAGGGGAGGAAAUGUGUUGUCAACCAAGAGUGACAGGCAUCACGAAGCGCGCAAGUAUGACAGUGUCUUCGAAGACACUGAUGCGUUCAGGGAAGCAGAAGCUUUUAGUAGGAAUACCUACACGGGUAUUCAGCAACUAGGCGUCUUUGAUCGCAACUACACUCCUUCCGCAAAGCCCAGCUAUACUGUCCUUGAAACCGCAAACGCGUCGAUCGAUGAAUCUCAGUUUCUCCACUUUCUUACUCUCGGGCCCGAUGACGGUUGGUUUCACGACAGUCAUAUAGACACAUCUCUGGAUAUACUGGAGCGAGCAGCUAACUGCCAAAAACAUGGGAUCGCAAUCUGUCGUGUUGGUCAGGGAGCCGAGCUCUACACCAGUGUGAGGAAGGGGCAAGAACUUCAAAACCAAGAGGGAGUCUGGUUUGACAGGCUGUUAGUUGAGAAAUGCAGGGACAAAGACUUUAUCUUGGUACCGAUUAGCAACGGGUACAAAGAUGUUUACGAGACAGGCGUGGAACUUGAACGUCAGCAUGGAGCGGCCAAGACGAACCUCAUCGCAGAGCCUACUCUUCCUGAACAAACCGCAGGCAACCAUUGGUCCCUUCUCCUCGUCGACUGCCGAUCCUCCAUCAUCAAAGGCCGGUACUUUGACUCGAGCUACUACGAAUCCGCUGGCCUUUCACGUCACUACGGAAUCGAAGAGUCGAACAUUUGCAAAGCUGCCAUGAUGACCUUAUCCGGUGUACGAAUGAUGCUCAACCACGUCCAACCGGGACGGUUCGACGAGGACGAGUUUGUGUUUGACAUCGAUACACACUGCCCAAAUCAAGCACAUGAGAAUGUCAGCGGCAACAAAGACGGCAAUGGUGCUUGUGGCCCUUUUGUGUGGGAAAUGAGCAAGGAAAUCACACAAUACAUCGCCGACUGUCGUGAAGACCACGACUUUCCCGAUGAUGGUCAAAUCAAUCCUUGUUUACCAGGCGGUUACCAAGGCCGCAGAAACUGGGACUCGGCGAGGACGCGCAAGGCGAUCUGGAAUCUUGUGUUGAGAGAGUUGAGAACGCGGAAGUGGCUGAAUCGUACUCCGGAAUGGAUGAAUAGUGUGGGAGGGAGGGGUUCCACGCCGGGGGAUGGUAUGGCAGGGUGGAACUCUUAG